UUAUCUGGCAGUGUUUGGUAACUCCGAAAUAUUACGGUGCCAGAAGCGCGACGACACCAGAAUGACAUCGGUUGACAGUCACAACCACGACCAGUUGCCUUCUGGCAUUGGUGGAGGUGACAGUGUCGCGUGUCCUCCUAAUCCUAACCACCGGUACGGCAAAAAUAAAACCAAACAAGAAAUAGACGACGAAGAAGAGGAAAUGUCAAGCACGGAGAGAGAGUUGGCCGAGGAUGCGGCAUGGAAAAGAAUCCAACAAAAUACUUUUACGAGGUCAGACUCGACCGACAUCGUAGACUGUAAGCUGAAGCUGAUCCUGGGUCUGAUCUGGACGCUGAUCUUGCACUAUAGCAUCAGCCUCCCCGUGUGGGAGGGCGAGGCUGACCCACCUUCUGACAAGCAGCACACCCCCAAGCAAAGGUGGGGUGGCUGGGGACCACUGGGACCUGUACACUCACUGGUGGGCCUGGGUCCUGGGCCUCAGUGGGGCCCCGGGCCUGAGUUUGGCAUUAGGGAACUGGCUGAGGUACGUCAUCAUGCUGAGCCCUGGGUCUUAGGGUGGCCCCAGGCGUCGGGGACCACUGGGACCUGUACACUCACUGACUGGCCCGACUGGGCCCCAGCGGACGCGCUGCGCAACACGACUGAGGCCCUAACCCUGGCCGACGACUGGCUGGGGGUCCCACAACUCAUCACCCCCGAGGAGAUGUUGAACCCAAACUGUGAUGAACUCAGCAUGAUGACAUACCUCAGCCAGUUCCCUAAUGCUAAACUCAGGCCCGGGGCCCCACUGAGGCCCAGGACCCAGGCCCACCAGGUGAAGGUGUGGGGCCCGGGUGUGGCCCGCUCCGGCGUGGUGGCGGGCCAGGCGACCCACUUCAGCGUGGACACCAGCAAGGCGGGCCAAGGGCGGGUCGAGGCCCACCUCACCACACCAACGGGGGGCACAAUCCAGUUGGACCCCGUGGCAGCGGAGGGCGGCAGCGCCCCCCACGUGUACACGGUGCACUACACCCCCGAGGGGGAGGGGGAGCACAGGGUCACAGUCACCCUCAGUGGGAGACAAGCAGGCGACUCCCCCUACAAGGUGGGGGUGGGGGCAGCAGUGGGGGAUGCGUCCCUAGUGCGGGCCGCGGGCCCGGGGCUGAGCCCCGACGGGGACGUGGGGGUCAACAAACCCACAUACUUCGACGUCUUCCCCAACGGGUCGGGGCGUGGGGAGGUGCAGGUCAUAGUCCUGGACAGCCACGGCAGCAAGUCCUCCUGCGUCCCCAGCAUCAGACCCCGACAACCCCACGACCCUGUGGACCCCACCUACCAGGGGUCCGCCCGUCUCAACGGGCACAACCCGUCUCUGAACGGGUCGAAAAAUGAGGCCAAAGGGUCCAAGGACGGGUCCAAAGGGUCCGUGGACGGGUCCAAAGGGGAGGCCAAGGGGUCCAAAGGGUCCGUGGAAGGGUCCAAAGGGUCCUCUAACGGGCGCCCGUUAGACGAAGGGGACGUACAACGGGUCGAGUACACUCCCACGACCCUGGGGUUGCAUUCCGUUAACGUGUUCUUUGCCGGCAACCCCAUCCCGGGGUCCCCGUUUGGGGUCAAGGUUUCUCCAGCCAGCAACCCCCGACGGGUCCGGGCGACGGGUCGGGGUCUGCAGGCGACGGGCGUCCGCGUGGGCGACGUCGCGGACUUCAAAGUCUCGACGAAGGGCGCCGGCGAGGGACGUCUCGACGUGCGCGUCGUGGGGCCCGGUACGUUAAUACGGACGAGGGACGUCUCGUGGGGCCCUGUGGGCUACAAGGUCAAGGACCGCGGCCACCACGUCGCCAUCAUUCGCUAUGGCAACGAACAGAUCCCUGGGUCGCCCUUACAUAUCGAUUGCCGGCGCUACGGGCACGACGACGAGAUCCGCACCAAGGCUGAGAUGGUCUAUAACAAGUUCAAGUUGCUGUUCGUGCUGCCGGAGGCUGGUGGUGGUGGCGGGGACGGUGGCGGGCGGUGGGACUAUUGGGAAAAUGUUCAACUUUAUUUGGUCAAAGUCGGUGUGGGGCCCAGCAAGCAGUCCCGCAUCAGGGCCUUCGGGCCCGGGCUGGCGGGCGGCGUGGCGGGCCAGCCCGCCACCUUCACCGUCGAGGCCAACGGCGAGACCGGGGCCUUAGGGUUCAGCAUCGAGGGGCCCAGUGAGGCCCGCAUAGAGUGCCGGGACCUGGGGGACGGGUCCGCGGACGUGACGUACCACCCCACGGUCCCGGGGGAGUACGUCGUGCACGUGCUGUGUGGGGGCGAAGACGUGCCCGGCAGCCCGUACCUAGCCGACGUCCUGCCCGCGCCCGACGUCCUGCCCGGGAUAAGUGGGGUCUCGUGUAACGGGCCCGGCGUGUCCAAGACGGGCCCGGUGGCGGGUCAAGAGACGCACUUCGACGUCACGGGCGUCACCAGCCCUGAGGACCUCAACGUCCAGAUCAUCGACAGUGAGUACCGGACUGUACCGGUAAAACGGGUCCCCGGUACCGGCACCGGAAAGCAGCGCAUCCUGUACACCCCUGCAACCCCCGGCAAACAUACCGUCAUGGUGGGGGACGUCCAGAUCGCCCUCAGCGACGGGUCGGGACGCGACGUCCCAAUCGACAUCCGGGACAACGGAGACGGCACCUUCAGGGUCGCCUACGAGCCCCGCAGCCCGGGACCCCAUAAGGUGGAGGUGGUGUACGCGGGACAGCCCGUCCCCCAGUCCCCGCUGGUCGUGGACGUCCUGCCGUCCGUGGACGUGACGAAGGUCAAAGUGGACGGCCUCGAGCCCUGUGAGUACCGCCCGUCCUCCGUCCGUCCGUCCGUCUGUCUGAUGACGUGUACCCCCGCGGGGGGCGAUGUGGGGGGCGCGGCGCUGCGGGUCCGGGCGUGGGGUCCGGGGCUCGUGUCGGGCAAGGCAGUGGCCUACCUCCCCACGGCCGCGGGGAUUUACUCCAUCAACAUCACAUUCAACGACGAGCACAUCUGCGACUCCCCAUUCACAUCCCACAUUUUCCCCACAUCCCCCGCCUCAUCCCCACGCCCCAAACUGCCUCCCCACCACCGGGAUGACAUCAUACCCACCUCCUCCCCCUACUCCCCCAGCCACAGACGACUCCCCCAUAGGGAUGACGUGGUCCCCACGUUUUCCCCAUACUCCCCCAGCCACAGACGCCUCCCCCACAGGGAUGACGUGAUCCCCACGUCCUCCCCAUACUCCCCCAGCCACCGACGGCUCCCCCACAGGGAUGACGUGAUCCCCACGUCUUCCCCUUACUCCCCAAGCCACAGACGACUCCCCCAUAGGGACGACGUGGUCCCCACGUGUCCCCCCAUGGGGAGGAGGCCUCCCCAUGGGGAAGUUUGCAGCGCCGUAGCGGUGUCGGGGAAUGGCGUCCUGCGCGACGGGCCCCACACCAUCGACCUCAUGUACAGUGGGGCCCACACCCCCCUUAACAUGUCCCCUCUCCCCGCAGGGCCCCACACCAUCGACCUCAUGUACAGCGGGGCCCACAUCCCCGGGUCCCCGUUCACGGUGAACGUCCGCCGCGGGUCCGACGCCAGCAAAUGUCGAGCCUGGGGCCCGGGCAUAGAAGGAGGAAAAGUGGGUCAACCGAACGCCUUCACCGUCGAGACCAAAGGCGCGGGGUCCGGAGGCCUGGCCCUGGCCAUCGAGGGCCCGGCAGAGGCCGGUCUCGUGUGCCGGGACAACAGGGACGGGUCCUGCACGGUCUCCUACACCACCGACGUCCCGGGCCUCUACGACGUCGCGGUCCGGUUUGCCGACGUCCACAUACCUGGGUCACCCUUCAAGGUGGGUCAAGUGGGGCAAGUGGGUCAUGGGGGUCACCCUUCAAGGUGGGUCAAGUGGGUCAUUAGGUCAAGUGGGUCAUGGGGGUCAUGUGGUGGGACAACAGGGACGGGUCCUGUACGGUCUCCUACACCACCGACGUCCCGGGCCUCUACGACGUCGCGGUCCGGUUUGCUGACGUCCACAUACCUGGGUCACCCUUCAAGCCCGUGGACCCACACCCCCCUGCCCCCCCGUGGACAGUCCCCCGUCAAGGAGACGUUCACCCAACGUCGGGCCUCGUCCCCCAGCCAGUCCCCCGUGACACCCGCGGGGGUGCGGGUCACGGGCCCGGGGGUGACCGAGUCCCCCAGCGUCCCCGCGUCCCUCCCCACCGAGCUGGGGGUCGAUGUAACGGGUGCCCCCGACGGGGGAAUGGGGGACGUCGCCGUGGACGUCAUCGCGGAGGCGUGCACCCUACAGGAGGGUGUAGGACGGCUCCUACGCACGGGGGAGGAGUACUGCAUCACCGUGGACGCGCGGGGGGCGGGCCGGGGGGCGGUCACCUGUAGGAUACGGGCCGCUGACGGCAGCGACGUGGACGUGGACGUGGUGGACGGCGGGGACGGCACCUACAGCGCCUACUUCACCGUGGGGGACGAGGGGGAGUACUCCCUCGCUCUCAAGUUUGGGGGACAGCCAGUCCCCCAGGGCUUCUACACCUUCUCUGCGCAGCACAGCAGUGAGAGCCAAAGCACCACCAAGGCCUCCCCCAAAUCCCCCAGCGCCUCCCCCCACAGCGACAACUUCCCCAGCCUCGACCUCAGGCAGAUCCCCCUCCCCAGCACAGGAGGACACGUAACAGCGCAAGUAAUCAUGCCGUCCGGUGAGGUUCGCUCCCCCGUCAUCACCGACAACAGGGAUGGCACAGUCAAGGUUCAGUACGAGCCUUCCUGUGAGGGUCUGCACGAGCUGCUGGUCUGCUACAACGGGGAGAAUGUCCAGGGCUCGCCCUUCAAGUUCUACGUAGACAGCCUCGAGAGCGGUACCGUGACAGCGUACGGUUCCGGUAUCGUGCACGGUAUCUCCGGUGAACCUGCAACGUUCACCAUCAGCAGCAAGAAUGCUGGUGCCGGGAGCCUGGCCCUGGCGGUCGAGGGCCCCAGCAAGGCCGAGAUCUCCUGUCACGACAACAAGGACGGCACCGUGACCGCCUCCUACCUCCCCACCUCCCCUGGGGAGUACAAGGUCUCCGUCAAGUUCGCGGACAAGCACAUCCGCGGGUCGCCGUACACUGCCAAGAUAACCGGCGAGGGCCGCAAGCGUAACCACAUCAGCCUGGGGUCGCAGUCGGAGGUCGCAUUCCCCGGCAGCAUCCCCGAUGGGGAACUCAAGAGCCUCAACGCGGCCAUCAUGGCGCCUUCGGGGCUGGAGGAGCCUUGCUUCAUCAAGAAGCUCCCCGACGGCAAAGUUGGAGUGUCCUUCACCCCCCGCGAGAAGGGCAAACACUGGGUCAGCAUCCGCAAGAAGGGCUCCGACAUUAGUGGGUCACCUUUCAACAUCGAAGUCUCCAACACCGAAGUGGGCGACGCCAACCGUGUCAUGGUCUCAGGCCCCGGUAUCAGAGAGGGCAAGACUCACCAGGACAACACGUUCACGGUGGACACCGUCCAUGCGGGCUUCGGCGGCCUUUCGCUGUCCAUCGAAGGCCCAAGCAAGGCUGAAAUCUCCUGCAAGAACAACGAUGACGGCACGCUGGCCAUCAGCUACCGCCCCACCGAGCCUGGCUACUACAUCAUCAACCUGAAGUUCGCCGACAACAUCGUCGGGGAGUCCCCCUACAUUGUCAAGGUGACGGGCGAGGGCAGCAACCGUCAGACGGAGCGCAUUCACAGACAGAGGGACGCCGCCCCUCUGACAGAAGUGGGCAGCCAGUGCCGUCUAACCUUCAAGAUCCCCGGCAUCAGCGCCUUCGACCUGUCGGCGUUGGUGGCGUCCCCCAAGGGCGUGAGCGCGGCCGCGGAGACCCUGGAGCUCGAGGACGGCCUCUUCGGGGUGAACUUCGUACCUAAGGAGCUUGGCGUGCACACCGUCAGCGUCAAGUACAUGGACGCCCACAUCCCAGGCUCCCCCUUCCAGUUCACCGUGGGGCCCCUGAAGGAUGGUGGGGCCCACCGUGUGCACGCGGGAGGCCCGGGCCUGGAGCGCGGUGAGGUCAACAUGCCGAGCGAGUUCAACGUGUGGACCCGCGAGGCCGGGGCCGGGGCCCUGGCCAUCAGCGUGGAGGGCCCAUCGAAGGCCACCAUCGACUUCAAGGACCGCAUGGACGGCUCCUGCUACGCCAGCUACACCGUCAACGAGCCCGGUACUGUCCGCUUCGUCCCGCGCGUCAAUGGCGUCCAUUACUUCCACGUCAAGUGCCGGGGCAUCCAGAUCCCCGGCAGCCCAUUCCGCCUCAGGGUGGGAGAAGAGGAGGCUGACCCCGCCGCGUGCUCCAGCAGCGGCAAAGGCCUCAUCGCUGUCGAGACUGGUGUGAAGGCGGACUUCGUGGUGGACACGUGCUCAGCGGGGGCGGGUACGCUGGCCGUGACCAUCGAUGGACCGUCUAAGGUGGCGAUGGACUGCACGGAGGUGGACAACGGCUACAAAGUCCGCUACACGCCCCUUGUUAAUGGCUUCUAUUAUGUGCACGUCAAGUACAACAACGUGCACAUAUCUGGGUCACCCUGGAAGGUGGGUCAA